AUGUUUCAUCCCGCUGUUCUGGUGCAAAAGUCCAUGACUGAACAUGGCUCCUAUCGGGUCGCUCAGCUUGAGAAUAGUGAGGUUACGUCACCGCUGUCUGGGUCGAAGAACAAGAGUCGGGUGUAUUUUGACACAAGUGUGGAUAUCUUCAGGGUUUUUGGCUCCACCGAUACACAAAACCACGACACUGAACUCGAACUGGAAGUUUAUGGCAUGAGUUUAGGUUUGUUUCGAGGGACUCCCAAUCGAAUGUUCAAGAUCAAUUUGGAUUUGAAACUUGUGAAAGGCACGAUUGAUUUCAGAAUAAAUGGCUUUGAUGAGUUAUGGCUUGAUAUCGACACCAAGAUUUUGCAAGUGACCGAGAAGGGACCGGGCGAAUGGACAGGGUGUCGGAAGGCCCACUUAAUUACAUGUCUGCCUGCUCUUCAAUGCGAUGCAUGGCUUGCUGUCGAUGCUCAUAUUUAA